AUGCCCAAGCGAAUCUGUUUAUUGUUGAUCAGCGUGCUGCUAGUGAUUUGUGACCAACCGUUGCAAACAAAUGCAAAAGAAUGCAUCGAUAUGGCUGUGCAUGCCAGAGAAGUUGUUAGCUGCUGCCAGUACGAAGCAUUCUGCUCUGAAGAAGUUGACGAACAGUGCAACCAACAGCUAAGACCUCAGAUACCGCCGAAUUCGCCCAACUUUACAGUGUGUUUUCUAGAUUGCGCCUACCGAGAAAUGGGAUUUCUCACGGAAAACAACGAAAUUGAUUUACCAAAGUAUGCUGCCUACCUUUCGCCAUUCGAUAAGAACUAUCGAAUAGUGACCGCGAACGCUGUUGGGGACUGUGCGGCAAUUCAGCAGGAUAUCCUACGAGAUGUGGAUCAAAUACCGUCAAGAUGUAGUGCAUUUGCACUGCUGUUUCAUGUAUGUGUCACACAGCUUACCUUGAGAAACUGUCCAGCUGAGCGGUGGGCAACCAACGAGAUUUGCAAAGAGGCUUCGAAGGUUGCAACCUGCUGCAAGCAUGAAGCAUUCAUGGAUGCAGUGACAUUUGCAAACUGCUUUAAAACAAUUGACGCCCAAAACCCGGAAAAAGACGUACAGUCAGUGGUGUGCGCUUUCGACUGUGCGUACCGGGAAAUGGGUUUGUUGCACGGAGAGGAUGAUAUCGAUGUGGAAAACGUCAGCAAGUUCCAUACCCAGUACGACGAGGCUUACCAGCAAACGAUUGCCAAAGCCGUUGAUCACUGUAUCGCAAACAAAGACAACAUUAGACGGGAGGCGGAACUUGCGCCGACCACGUGCAGCGCAUUUGCUGUUAAGUUUCAUGCAUGCGUGGCAUUGCAGGUGGUACUAAACUGUCCCGUUGGGCGGUGGACUGACACUCCGAUCUGUGAACAAGUGAAGAGUGGUACUCCAAUAUGUGAAGCCUAA